AUGGGCGCUUUGGAUGAGGGGCAUUUCUGCUCGGAACUUGAGAAUGGAGUGAAAUUGGGUUGCAUCGAGCUGAGUUUUGAGGAAGAACCUGAAACCAUAGCUAUUGAAGAUGCUGUGAAAGUUCUCAUGCAGGGUCUGGGAGAGGAUGUUAACAGAGAAGGUUUGAAGAAGACACCUCUUCGCGUUGCCAAGGCCCUUCGGGAAGGAACAAGGGGUUACAGACAAAAGGCUAAGGACAUUGUGCAAGGUGCUUUAUUUCCUGAAUCUGGUCUCGACAAUACAGUUGGUCAUGCUGGAGGAGCUGGUGGACUCGUGGUUGUUCGAGAUCUUGACCUCUUCUCGUAUUGUGAAUCUUGUAUGCUACCAUUCCAGGUUAAAUGUCAUGUGGGCUAUGUCCCUUCUGGUCAACGGGUUGUAGGCUUAAGCAAGCUCUCUCGAGUAGCUGAUGUGUUUGCAAAACGCCUCCAAGAGCCUCAGCACCUAGCAGACGAAGUGUGUUCAGCUUUGCAGCAUGGCAUCAAGCCAGCAGGUGUUGCAGUUGUACUCCAAUGUUUACACAUCCCUUUCCCAAAAGUAGAAUUAGCUUUUCUUGACUCGAACCACCAAGGAUGGGUAGAGUUACUGGUUAGUUCAGGUUCAGGAGUUUUUGAGAAUGAAAAUGCCAAUCUUUGGGCAGAUUUUUUGAAUCUUCUGAGAUUCAGAGGCAUAAAUGUCGAGAAAAAUCGCAUGAGAGACUCAAGCGAUCAACACUGGUGUCCAUCUCGAUCAGGUGAUAUUGCUGCCUCCAAGAUUGAAUCAGUUAAUCAGGGUAUGGUCACUGCAGUAGCUUCAAUUCUUAGGUCGUUAGGUGAAGACCCAUUAAGGAAGGAGCUUGUAGGAACACCUGCUCGUUUCGUGAAGUGGUUGAUGAACUUCCAAACUACUAAUUUAGAUAUGAAGCUGAAUGGCUUUGUUUCUGACAGGGUCGAUCCUCUAAAGUUCAAUGGGGAUGGCUGCAAGGAAAAGAAAAUCCACUCUGAGCUGAACUUGUCAUUCUGGUCGCAGUGUGAGCAUCAUCUACUUCCCUUCUAUGGUGUUGUGCAUAUAGGAUAUUUGUGCACUGAAGGAUUCAAUCCCAUUGCGAAAUCUCUUUUACAAUCGAUUGUAUGUUUCUACGGUUUCAAGCUCCAAGUACAAGAAAGACUCACCCGGCAGAUAGCAGAGACUAUAUCAUCACUGUUAGGUGGAGAUGUGAUUGUGGUUGUGGAGGCAAAUCACACCUGUAUGAUCUCGAGAGGCAUCGAGAAGUUUGGAAGUAGUACAGCGACAAUUGCUGUACUGGGUCGAUUUUCGACUGACCCUGCUGCAAGGGCUAAGUUUUUGCAGAGCAUUCCAAACACCGCAUUUUCAGGACGAUGA